GUUUGGAACCUAGACGAGCAAUCAGAGAACAGAGAAGAGCAUCCGCAAAGCGAAACCUGCCUGUCUGUCCUUACGUACGCGUGUAUAUAUAUAUCACCGUGUCAGUGAGGUCAGGGAGACAGAACAAAGAAGCUAGCUACAACAGGGCAGCCAGCCAACGACAGACAGAGAGCUGCGGAGGAGCAGGAGCUGCGAUGGACGCCCAGGUGACGAAUCCUUCUGCCGCCACGGACCAUGCAGCGCCGACCACCAGCGUUAGCGCGCCCGCGCACUACGCCUACGCCAACGACAAUGCGUGCCCCGGCGGGCCGAAGGUCUGGGUCCUCGUGCUCCUCUUCGCGCUGCUCCUGCUGCCCUUCCUGCCCUCCGCGAUGCGGCGCGGCGGCGGCAUGCACUGGGCAGGAGGAGAAGGAGGGUACCGCCGCGGCGGGAUCACCUUCAAGAGCGGCUGGGACGUCGUCAACCUCUGCCUCGUGCUCUUCGCCAUCCUCUGCGGUCUCCUUGGCCGCAGAGGCGGCGGCGGCAGCGGCGACGGGGAGUCCUCUUCCGCCGCGACUUCCACGCCGGCCAAGGACGGUCAUCGAGAGGUGGCCUCGGCGCCCGCCACGGCGGCGGCGACUACGACCUCGGCGGAUUUGGAGGAGGAGGAGGAGGAGGGCUACGACUCCAUGUCCGCCAUCUACGCCACCCUGCCCCGCACCAACCACCACGCCCACGCCUCGGGGGGGAUCCGCCGGAUGAAGAGCAGCAGCUCGCUGCGCCUCGGCAGCGACGGCGUCUGGGCCCCCGAGGCCACCUGCCGCUUCUACGACGACGCCGAGCUGUACCGGGCCCGUCGCCCGGAGCGGACCUGGGACGUCGACCUUCACGGGAGGACGGCGACGACGGAGGUCAAGACCAUCCCCGUCGACACCUUCGUCGAGCGCGGCCGGGCCUCGCAGCCUCGGGAGCCGCGGAGGCGGAGGAGGAGCGUCCAGAGGCUCGACGAGGUGGACGAGGAGAGGCCGCCGCGGGGGGAGGCGCUGGCGCCGGCGAGGCUCAGGAGGUGGAACUCAGAGGUGGUUGAUGUGAUGCCGGAACACGGGGCGCCGCCGGCGACGAGCAGGAUGUGGGACUCGAAGGUGGUGGACGUCAUGCCGGAGCAGGAUGCAGCGAGGCUCAGGAGGUGGAAUUCAGAAUCGUUGGAUAUGGUAUUGGAGCAGGAGGCGCAGGUGGCUCCGGCGAGGAACAGGAGGUGGACCUCGGAGGCGGUGGACGUGAUAACGGAGCGGCAGGCAGCGGUGGCGCCUGCAAGGAUCAUCAGGUGGAACUCAGUGGAUGUAAUACCGGAGCAGGAAGCGCCGGUGGCUCCGUCGAGGAGCAGGAGGUGGAGCUCGGUGGCGGUGGACAUGGUCCCCGAGCAUAAAGUGCCGGUGGUGAUGGUGCCUGCUGCUCCACCACCUCCAUCUCCGCCUCCACCGCCGGCGCUUCCUCGACGACGACGGCACAGCGUCGAGAAACUGCCGAGACCACAGGAACUGGAGCAAGAGAUAGUAGUAGUGGAAGAGGUGAGGAAUCUAUUGCCGCCGCCAUCGCCGUCCAUGUUCGCGCCUGGAACGCCACCCCCUCCGCCUCCUCUUCCGCUUCCGCCUCGUUCGACGGUGUCGCGCAGCAAGAAGAAGCGCAGCGGCAGCGUGGGUGGCGCCAAAGAUCUAGCAUCCGCCAUCGCUACGUUCUACCAGAAGAAGCGCAAGAGCAUUACCAUGAAGGCCAAGAGGAGGCCCCAUCAGCACCACCAUUCCGAUGGCCACUACUCGUCGCCGUCGUCAGAUGCGUCAGCGAGCCCGGACUCCACUGUUCGCACCACCAACGCCCCGCCUCCGCCUCCGCCACCUCCCCGGCCACCGCCGUCCUCAAUCUUCUCCAACCUCUUCAAGAACAAGAAGGGCGGCAAUAAGAGCCGCCGCAUCCACUCCGUCGCGCCACCGCAGCCGCCACCCCCGCCUCCACCCACUCGCCGAACUAAGAAACCACCACCGCCUGCGUCUCGUCUUGCGCCUCCAGCACCAGCAGUCAGGACACGGCAGCCGCGCGCCCCCGUGCACGCGCCCACACAUCAGCCGCCAUUGUACUACACAUACUACCCGCUCCCGCCGCUACCUCCGCCUCCGCCGCCUCCGCUGGUGUCAGAGGGCGAGGAUGACUCACCUUCAAUCACAGCGUCGCCGGCGCCUGCGUACUGCGCGAGCCCCGACGUGAACACGAAAGCGGACAGGUUCAUCGAGAGCUUCCGCGAGGGGCUGAAGCUGGAGAAGCUCAACUCGUACCGGGAGAAGUGGCAGAGGCAGAUCCAAGAGAACGCCGCCGCCGUCGAUAUCGAGGAGGAGGGGGAGUUCAUGGUGAUCGGGUCGCUCUUUGGCGACGACGACAUCUCGUUGCCGCAGACGCCGGCGACCGCUGUUGCCGUCGGCUUCUAAAGUAUAACUAACAUCGAAGCAAAAAAAAAAAAAAAGAGUUGGAUUUUUUUUGUGUGGAAAAAUGGCCUGGAGAAAAUGGAUAGAAAGACCAGAAGAUACAACAAAAGAGUAUUUCUUGUAGCUGGUAAUCCUGGUUAGUCAGUACUACUUGUGAAUGAUUCCCUUUUUCAGUAAUUUUGGAUUUGGGUAGCUACGAAUUGAGAGUGAAGUUUGUGCAUGAAAGCUUGGGGGGCCUUUUGUGCUUAUUUUAAAAUGGCAAAAAAAAAGCUCUCUUCGGGUGUUGUGUGUUGUGUUGCAUCAGGUGAGCUGACGUGAAUUUCAUAUCUAUGCACUUUGGAGCUUUUGGAGUUGUAAAAUAUAUACCAUGACGAGGACAGUAACACAUGUUUGCGUUU